AUGUCUGACCAAAUUAAUAAUUUGGAUAUCUUCGUCCUGCCGGCCGACAGUGAGGAAAAAAUUGUUCUGAGGACUGAGGUGCAUGAACUGCGCGCCCAUCUCACUGACAUGAUCCAGCCGGCACCCAACGAUGAGGAGCACAUAUCUGAGAAGGAGGAGUGGUGCACAAGUUGGAACGACCUUAAAGAUAAGCUGAUCACACGCUUGACGCUCACACGAGACAUGACAGUGGUUAUCAAUUUCCUUGUCACAACAAGCGCAUUCAAGAAUGCCGUGGCAAAGCAGGUUGAACUGACCUUGAAGCAGACAGUCACAACCACAACCGCAAUCGAACAUGAGCCCAUCUCAGGUGAGACAGAAGCCAGCAAUCAGGAGCAGGAGACAGAGCGGUCGGUGGAGGAGGAAACUUGGGAGAUUGAUGAGAGUCAGGAUGAUAAGGCAAGAGAGCAACCACCCAUUGAGAGUUUGGGUCCAGCUGCUCAAGAGUCUGAGCCUAAACCUACUCCACACAUGAGCACCAAGAUGGAUCUCAACCCAGUGCCUUGUGUGAGAUGCAGGGAUCUGCCACGCCCGUGCCGCUGCUCCACUAAGGGCAUAUUGUGCUACGGGUGCUACAAGGCAAAGACCAAGUGCUCCCUUACACUGAAUCUAGAGACAGACAAAGGGAAGCAGAAGACAACACCACCUCCACCACCACCACCACCACCACCGGUUUCCAAGCCUAAACAAAAGCCAAAGCCGGUUGCCACAACUACCUGUGCUGUCAGGGCUUCUUCAAAGGCCACCCAAGUGCCAGGCCCGACUACUGGCACCAAGAAGAAUAAGACCAGCGACCUGCCCACUGCAACACCAGCACCACCAUGGUUGACGAGCAGCAAGUGGAAGGUCACGGCCAUCGAGGAAGAAGUGAGUGAGAGUGAGGAUAAUGAUGAGGACACAUACCUGGCCAGUAGGGUGUCUGGCCUCACUAACAUCCUCCAGAUGAUAGAGAUGGCUUGCACCACCAUGAGGAAGGAGGUGGAGGAGAUUGACGGCAUAAUGCCAUCACAGGUUGGUAGGGAUUUCAGUGUGAGGCAGGGACUGCACCCAUUCAAUAGAGCAUUCCUUAUGAGACGACUCUCACAGGACCACACAUAUGAUAGGUCUAGCAGUGACAUUGUUGGACGGCUACCUAAGAUGUUCAUUUGGGAUGGUCAGGAUUACAUAGAGAAUGCUCUGAAUGAGGACCAGAAUGCUGCAUAUAUGACUAUGAAGGGUGUAUCUCAGUGGUGUGCAGCUCCUAAUGGGGACCGGCAGGGUAUAAGAGAUUCCAAUAGGGACCGGCAGGCAUGGGGCAAGGGCUGCUGUGUGGUGUCAUCCCAAAGGGCUCUCAAUGAGGACUGGUGGGGCAACCCUGUGCCUCGUGCUUCCUCAUGUCUUACAGGCAUGUUGACAAAUCCAAAGGAGGGGUAUCCGAACGUUGCCGACACGGAUGUGGUGAGAGAAGACAUUGUGAUCGCUCUCUUUAGUGAUAACUUGGUUAAGAAAGCGCACAGAAAAGACAUUGGGCCUGAGGCGCCUGCAGUGAUCGAGGACCAAGAGAAAGUCACUCCCCAGAUGCUACGGAGGGCCACAAAUACUGUAAAGAUGUCCAGCCAGAGCAUCAAGUGGUUUCCAUUGGAAGUCGAGAAGGUGCAGGAAUAUUGUGGUGACUGCUGUGGCAAGGCCAAAGGCAUCACAAAGGAGAAAUUAGUGUCAGAGAUCAGCAAUGCUAAGGAGCCAUCAGGGAGUGCUAAAUCACAAGGUUGGGUCUGUGUGAGCAAGGUGAAGAAUGUGUCAUUGAGUGUGGCUGGGGAUGUUGACCUGAUUUGGCCGGUGUAUGUGCAACUAUAUUGUACCAUCCCCACUGAGCUGGACGCUCUGGCCAUAGAUUUGGAGGACAAGACUAAAGAUACCUUGUGGGAGGGCUCCAACAACUUGGGUGUCAACAAUUUUCUCUUGCUAUAUGAUGUAGCCUUGAAUAGAUUAUUAUCUGUAAGCCAGAAAUCUGCUUGGAACGACAGUGCUGAGAAGGAGUUUGUAGAAGGCAACCCGGACAUGCAGCCACUGAGCCUUCUGUGGCAUCAACACAUUGCUAUCGCCUUAAUUGUCAAGAAGAUCUGGCAGACACUUGCUCAUGAAUUCUGGAAUCCCAAUGCUGGGUGGUAUGCUAUGCUGCUGCUGAUGAGGGGGUCACAUGUUUGGUUAAUCACGACUGUAACUCCACUGUUCACCAGCCCAAAGAGCGUAUAUGAGGAGCCUUCCUCCAAGACUUGGGUCUGGAAGCUGACGACCAUCUGGAUCAGAAAAAUUAAAUACUCUCUUUGGUUUGACAGCAGGAGGAUUAAUGACAGUCUGCCCCCAUACAUCAUCAUGGUCAUCUUUCUGGUCCACCUGCCAGACCCAGAACAUCAGAUUGCCCAAAGUGGCAUGGACAGCCUGGCUGGAAGGGGCAAGCUCAAUCUCGAUGAUGUUGGUGCAUUUAGCCAGAUGGGUUCAUUACUGUGGUCCCUUGGAGGAGCCGACACUGAUGAUCAUUUCACAGAUAUUUUAUAUGGAGGGCCAGAUACAGAUCAUGAUGAAUACGAUGAAGUUCAAUUAACAAAGGAAAAGCUGGAUAAUGAGUAUGAUGAGGACCUGGACCCGGAUUUCAUUAGCCUCCAUGCCAUCAACAACGACCUCCCUCAACUCAUGACCAUGGGUACACAGAAGAUUCUGGUGUUCGCAGAAUUCCUCAUGAUGGGACCUUUGUUGAUCUCUUGCACCCAUGCAUGUGUCUUAGAUUCUGAAGUUGCACAACAUCAAUGCCCUUACACUGCAGGCAUUUUCCCAUUUUUCUUCACCAAACAUCCAAAAAACAUUGAUUGA